AUGCUUGUCCACCGCCUUCCCCGCCUGCCGCCGUCUGCUGGCAGGCGUCUCGCCUCCACAGCGACGCGCACCCGUGCAACGAAGAGCAAGUCCUCUGGCGAGCCUAAGGCUGAGGCAAGGUCCCGUGUUGUUGCAACGAAAGUGGAAACAUCGACAUUGGCUGCUGCUGCAGCGGAGAAAGUUUUGACUGGCCCAAUCCUCAAAAGCCGGACAACUGGAGCCCGACGUGCAUCAACAGCGUCGACACCGACUCCACCGCCUCCGGCCCCCGCAUCCGAACCUGUAAAACCAGCAUCCACCUCCCUUCCUUUCGACUCUUCAUUCUUCGAUGUUCAUAUUCCUGAACCGCGCCCUGAGGUCGAUUCGCUCCCACCCAUUCAAAUUCCCUUCGUUCCGGACUUUUGGGAUUCCUCGACCGUCUUCUCCACCCCAGAGCUGGAUGAACCCCACCCGAAAAUUGUUGUCGUCGCAGGAGCAGAAACUCACAUUGGCGGUGGUCCAUCGCAUAAUCUCUUUGAUACUUUGGAAGAAAGCACUGAGGGUGUAGCGCCUGCAGAACCCGCCCAAAAGUUUGAACGCUCGGACAGCCUCUUGGAUGACAUCACGGAGGAUUUCGGGCUUCCUCCUGCAAAAGAGAUCAAGGCCUCCAUCUGGAAGAUCUUUUUCAUAAGUUCCCGAUCUUGA